GAUCUGUGUACAUGGCUAAUGCUUUUGUGUGCAAAAUUAAAUGUGUAAGGAUAGGCCUAACCCAUUUUUUAACAUAGAUAACCUAAACAUCAGAACGCAGCUAAAUGCGGAUGAUCUUUAAAAAACGGCAAUGAUUUCCAUUACUUAAAUUAAAAAAAUAUAUAUAUAUUUUUGACCUUUGCCCUCGCACGUUCAAGUAAACUGUCCGACUGGUGUUCACUGAAGAUAGUGUAAGACUUGGUACUCCAACCUGGAGAUGAUAAAACAGAUGACAAAGAUUUAAAGCAAGCUAAAGCAUGGCAUAGGCCAAACUUUUUCUGUCUUCAUAAGAGUUUAAGUCACUCUACAGGCCCAAGAACAAUGUUUGAGUACUGUAAGAGUACAUCCACCUUUUUCAUUAUUUGGCUAGCCAACUGGUCUUAGCAUCCAAUGAAAACCAACUUUAUUGUUCACAGAACUGUAGACAGUGGUCGGUCCGCGGAUGGAUUGAAAUGGCACCGCUGCACUGCGAGUCUUUAUGUCUGAAUUGUUUUAGAUUUCGUGUUACCAGCUCGAAUUUUUCACUUCCAUGAUAUCAUAUUAAAUGAUUAUCUGUUUUCCUGUAUAUGCACAAGAAGUAAUGUAAUAUAAACUGUUAAUAAGAAAUACUUGCCGAUCAGAAAUAGGCCGCUUUGAGCCUCGGGUUUUCGUAGGAAUUCCCACCGUCAUGGAACUCUUGGCUCUCUCGCAGCUUGUGACAAUUUACAAUCGGUGUCACGAUGUUAUGAACACAGUGCUUCAGAGCCUGAAGUUGAGUUUUCUUUGAGAUUACGCCAGUCUGUGAAACGGAACAUCUGAGUAUUACCAGCAAAGUCAGAAUGGCUUCAGUUCCUGUAUACUGCUUGUGUCGGCUUCCCUAUGAUGUCACACGCUUCAUGAUUGAGUGUGAUGUUUGUCAAGACUGGUUUCAUGGCAGUUGUGUUGGUGUAGAGGAGGACAAGGCUGCAGAGAUUGACCUCUAUCACUGUCCCAACUGUCAGGUCUCGCAUGGCCCCUCUGUCAUGCGUAAGCGACGCGGGGCUCCAAAGUCCGAUGUAAGCGCUGGUACGAGAGAUCCAAGCCGACCAGUGAAGACGGGCACCGCCCAGUUUGUGAGGGAGUUACGGGGCCGCACGUUCCCAAGUGCGGACGAGAUCCUUCUGAAACCAACCGGGGCCCAGCUCACAGUGGAGUUUCUGGAGGAGCACUCUUUCAGUGUCCCCGUCAUGGUUCUGAGGAGGGACGGGCUGGGCAUGAGCCUGCCCCCGGCAUCUUUUGGUGUCAGUGAUGUCGAGCACUACAUUGGUGGCGACAAGGAGAUUGAUGUAAUUGACGUUUGCCGCCAAGCUGACCUAAAGAUGAGCCUUGGGGAUUUCGCUGAGUACUACAACAGCCCCAAUAGAGACAAAGUGCUCAAUGUGAUAAGCCUUGAGUUCUCAGAAACCAAGUUGUCUAACCUGGUGGAAACCCCAAAGAUAGUGAGAAAGUUGUCUUGGGUGGAGAACUUGUGGCCAGAAGAGUCUGUGUUCGAGAGGCCCAACGUGCAGAAGUACUGCCUGAUGGGUGUGAAGGACAGCUACACAGACUUCCACAUUGACUUUGGAGGAACCUCUGUGUGGUACCAUGUGCUACGAGGUGAGAAGAUCUUCUACCUGAUCCGUCCCACCCCUGCCAACCUGGCCCUCUUCGAGCGCUGGAGCUCCUCCUCCAGUCAAAACGAGAUGUUCUUUGGGGAUCAGGUGGACAUGUGCUAUAAAUGCUCUGUCAAGCAGGGAAACACACUCUUCAUUCCAACAGGAUGGAUUCAUUCUGUUCUCACACCUGUGGACUGCCUAGCCUUUGGAGGCAACUUCCUUCACAGCCUCAACAUUGACAUGCAGCUUCGUGCUUAUGAAAUCGAAAAGAGGCUGAGCACAGCAGACCUGUUCAGAUUCCCCAACUUUGAGACCGUUUGCUGGUAUGUUGGUAAACAUCUUCUGGAUACAUUCAGAGGUUUGAGAGAGAACAGGCGUCAUCCCGCCAGUUAUCUGGUCCAUGGAGCCAAAUCUUUGAACAACGCCUUCCGUGGUUGGACACGUAAAGAGUCACUGUCUGAACAUGAAGUUGAAAUCCCAGAGACCAUAAAAACGCCACAGUUGGUUAAAGACUUGGCAAAAGAGAUUCGAUUGGUUGAGGAUAUCUUCCAGCAGAACCUGGGUCGCAGUGGGACCUCGUUCCCUGGCCCCCCGGGUUUACAGUCCCCACACCCCAAAGCCCAGGUGUCCUCCCCUCAGAAUUCUGGACGGCCCCCGGGGAAAAAGAGAGGCCCCAAACCCAAAGACACGCCCGUCGGAGGAGGAGGAGGAGGAGGAGGCGGAGGAGGAGGAGGCGGAGGAGGAGGAGGAGGAGGAGGAGGAGGAGGCGUAAGCUCCCCCAGUCCCAAAAAGAAGAGCCUGAAGAAGGAGAUAAAGACAGAGGCAGGAGAGCUGGAUCUUCUGGAGAUUCACACCAAACACACACUCAAAAAGUUUCAACCUGGAAAUAAAUCCAAGAACAAAAACAAGAUGGAGCUGCCCUCAGCCUGUAUGGAUGACUUUGAAGGCAAACUGAAAAAGAGCAAGCUGAAGCUGGUGCUGACCAAUGGAAAAAUACAAGGGAAGAAGGGCAACCGCGCAGCGUGCUCUAACGGAGAUGGACGCGUCUCCAAGUUCCAGCCUCUGCUGCCCAGCUCGGCUCUGUCCGACCUGGACUCGGAGGACGAGCUGCAGAUAGACGAGUCGCCGCCCCCCCCACGCCGCAGAGCGCCCCCCAACAAAAAUAAAAAACUAGUCGCUGCGGGACUGCCCAGGAAACUACCCCGGGCCAAGCCUUGCUCCGACCCCCACCGUGUCAGGGAGCCAGGAGAGGUGGACUUUGAUAUCGAGGAGGACUACACCACAGAUGAGGAGACUACACUGACGAUGCAGGCAGUGAAGGGUGGCGCCGGGGGAAUCCUGGACCUGCUCAAGGCCAGCAAACAGGUGGCUGGGCUGGACUCUGCUCUCAGUGAGGAGGCUCCUGCCUCUCCCAGCACACGAGACGCCAUCCAGGGCAUGCUGUCCAUGGCCAACCCUCCAUCCUCUUCCUCGUCGUCCUCGUCCUCUUCCUCUCCUCUCUCGGUGUCAGGCAGAGCCCCUGAGGUGCUGCCGAAGGAGAAGGGCCGGGCCACCUGGGUGUCGGGCGGGUCCAAGAAGAACGAGAAAAAGCCUGUGGUCCAGCGGCCGGGGAAGCGGCCAAUCAAACGCCCCGCCCGCCACCUCAGCGACGAAGAGAGUCCGGAUGAUCAGGAGACUCUGGGAACGUGCUUCAAGGACGCGGAAUAUGUAUACCCCUCCCUGGAGUCUGAUGAGGAGGACCAUGCCGCUAAGGCAAAGAUGAAAAGGAAGAGGAAUUGGGACGAUACGCCCUGGAGUCCUAAAGCCCGCGUGACCCCCACACUGCCCAAGCAGGAGAGGCCGGUUCGAGAGGGGGUGAGGGUGGCGUCUGUAGAGACUGGCUUGGCUGCCGCCGCUGCCAAGCUGGCCCAGCAGGAACAUCAGAAGACCACCAAGAGGAAAUACACCAAAAAGCGCCCCUCUGCCCCCCCAGCGCCGCCCCCGCCCCAGGCCGAGCAGGCGCCCCCCUCGCCCCUGAUGCCCAGCGAGCCCACGCCUGAGGUCGUACAGGAGGAGCGCAGGCUAGAGGCGUACUCGGCCAGCCUGCUGGACCACGAGUACACGGCGGGACCCGGACCCUUUGGCCCCGGGGGGCCCAGAGGCAGCGCCGCCAUGGCGCCGGGGGUCUUCCUCACGUCCAGACGGCCCUCGCUGUCCCCGCAGAACAGCAGCAGCUACUCUCCCUCUGCCCCAUCCCCGUCUGGACAGACCAGCCCCGGGGCAGCUGGAGGAGGACAAGGGAAGCGUCCAAAGAAAGGACUUGCCACAGCCAAGCAGAGGUUGGGAAAAAUCCUGAAAAUUCACCGGAAUGGCAAGUUGCUCCUGUGAGAAGGUGGAGAGGAGAAAGGAGACGGAACGAGACAAUGAAAGAUGCGAGGCUGAGAGGAGAGAGACGGGGAAAGGACAGCGAAAGGACAGACGGGUCUAAAGCAGGAGAAUGGAGUGAAGCAGUGAUACCCAGGUCCACUUCGGCUGUGGAGAACAAAAACAAACAUGUACAUUAUUUUGCCCCAAGCAGGGGCAUCUGGUUUUAAAACGUACGGCCAGGUAGAGGAGAGGAGGAGCCUGCCAGCUGAUCCUGUGUGUCACUGGGAUGAAGCAUGAGACUGAGUGACUACCGUGUUUGUACAUUUGUAUGUCAUCCAUCCCUCGUUCCUCAAAUCUGCCCCCUUCUCACGUCUUUGAUCAUUAGCAACAUACCAUCCCAACCAGUUACUUGUUUUUGAUAAGUGGGGGGUUGGGGGGGGAAGUCAGGUGUCAGAUUAGUUCAAUUCUCCCUCAUGUGUUGAAAAGCUGACAUGUAAUGAUUUUUUUUGAUCUUGCUAAGGAUGCAUGAUUCAACUCGGCCUGAAUUGAGAGUGUGUGACUGUGUGUGCGUGCGUGCGUGCAGCAAACGGCUUAUUACCACCCUAGCCACUUUUUAAGUUCUGUGUUUUCAUAUGGAACAGUUAUAGCACACAUAGGAUGAGGACUUCAGUGCUCACAAGGGAAAGAACAAUGACCGUUUCAAACAAAGCGACUGACCUCCUUGUAAAGGAAACACUUUUUAAUUUAGAUUUGUUCCCACCCCACUACUGCAAAUGUUUGUACAAUAAUAUUUUUGUGUAGCAUUAUCAUUGCAAGGACCUGCUAGUCUACGUGGAGUACAUGUCACUCUGUUUUUUUUGUUUUCCUUUACACAUAUGUACGCAUGACCUCCUUCCUCCAUAUGAACCCCCUUCCUCUCAUCUUGUCUG